UGGACCGAAUGGGGGGGCGAGUCCGCGCACCUGCGCACAGGCUCCGCGAGCUGCGCUCUGCGUGGGGACCGGAAAGGGCCCCUUCGGGGAGCGCGGAGCAGUGUGUCCGCGAACGUGGACGGGGGGAACACGCGCGAAUACAGAAGGCGGGUGUGGGGUCUCCACGGCCCUUUGCCACCCAGCACGCGCCAGCGGAUUCUGACCGAGUCCUUGUCACCAGAGCUCGCCUGCGCAGCCCCCUGGGAAACAGACCUGGAAUUCCUGCUGGGAGGAGGGUGGGGGGAGGGGAGCCAGCAGGGAUUCCAGAGUUCCUGCCAUAGGCCGGCCUUUUCGCCAUCGGCCUGGAUAAUUCAUGCUGUGACCUUAGCAGUGGAGGAAGUGACCCUCAAACGCGGCCCUGUGCUUCCUUGGUGAAGGGGGCACGUUCAUUUAUUAAUCCAGUAUCCAUUAAGGUAAGGCUGGCCUCUCUGCCCUCAGAGGUCUGAGCUCUGCCAUGGGGGUAGGGGUGUCUUUACUGCUGCAGUUUUCUCUGACGUCUGGGGACUACCAGAGUGUGGGCGGAAGCAGGCGCUCCAGCCGCAGGAACAUCCCCGGGAGGAGCUGGAAAAAGCCUCAUCUCCAGCUCCACAGCCUGCAGGCAGAGGAAGAACCGAUGCUGGAACGUCGCUGCAGGGGCCCCGUGGCCAUGGGCCCCGCCCAGCCGCGACUCCUUUCUGGGCCCUCCCAGGAGUCGCCCCAGACCCUGGAGAAGGAGCCCCAAGGGCUGAGGUCACAAGGCACUGCCGUGGCCCAGCCGGGCAGCCAGGCCCUAGGUCGGGCCCAUCGUUGUGCCCACUGUCGAAGGCACUUCCCGGGCUGGGUGGCCCUCUGGCUUCAUGCCCGGCGCUGCCAGGCCCGGCUGCCCCUGCCCUGUCCCGAGUGUGGCCGUCGCUUCCGCCACGCCCCUUUCUUGGCACUGCACUGCCAGGUCCAUGCCGCCGCCACCCCAGACCUGGGCUUUGCCUGCCACCUCUGCGGGCAGAGCUUCCGAGGCUGGGUGGCCCUGGUUCUGCACCUGCUGGCCCACUCGGCGGCAAAGCGGCCCAUCGCCUGUCCCGACUGCGAGAGACGCUUCUGGCGGAGAAAGCAGCUUAGGGCCCAUUUGCGGCGCUGCCACCCCCCGGCGCCCGAGGCCCGGCCCUUCAUAUGCGGCAAUUGCGGCCGCAGCUUCACCCAGUGGGACCAGCUGGUUGCUCACAAGCGGGUUCACGUGGCCGAAGCCCUGGAGGAAGCGGCGGCCAAGGCCCUCGGGCCUCGGCCUCGGGGCCGUCCUGCGGUGACCGCGCCCCGGCCCGGUGGAGACGCCGUCGACCGCCCCUUCCAGUGUACCUGCUGCGGGAAGCGCUUCCGCCACAAGCCCAACCUGAUCGCCCACCGCCGCGUGCACACAGGCGAGAGGCCCCACCAGUGCCCUGAGUGCGGGAAGCGCUUCACCAAUAAGCCCUACCUGACCUCGCACCGGCGCAUCCACACGGGCGAGAAGCCCUACCCGUGCACCGAGUGCGGCCGCCGCUUCCGCCACAAACCCAACCUGCUGUCGCACAGCAAGAUCCACAAGCGCUCCGAAGGGUCUGCCCAGGGUGCCCCCCGCUCGGGGAGCCCCCAGCUUCCCGCCGGCCCCCCGGAGCCCUCGUCAGAGCCCGCCCCGGAGCCCCCGCUGAAGCCGGCCCCGGAGCCUUUGGAGGCCCCAGGGGAGCCCCCCGGCCACCAGGCGGAGGCCCCGCCCUCUCUCUACAGCUGCGAGGACUGUGGGCGGAGCUUCCGGCUGGAGCGCUUCCUGCGGGCCCAUCAGCGGCAGCACACGGGCGAGCGGCCCUUCACCUGCGCCGAGUGCGGGAAGAACUUCGGCAAGAAGACCCACCUGGUGGCCCACUCCCGGGUCCACUCAGGCGAGCGGCCCUUUGCCUGUGAGGAGUGCGGGCGCCGCUUCUCCCAGGGGAGCCACCUGGCCGCCCACCGGCGCGACCACGCGCCGGAGCGGCCCUUCGUCUGCCCGGACUGCGGGAAAGCUUUCCGCCACAAGCCCUACCUGGCCGCACACCGGCGGAUCCACACCGGCGAGAAGCCCUACGUCUGCCCCGACUGCGGCAAAGCCUUCAGCCAGAAGUCCAACCUGGUGUCGCAUCGGCGCAUCCACACGGGCGAGCGCCCCUACGCCUGCCCCGACUGCGACCGCAGCUUCAGUCAGAAGUCCAACCUCAUCACCCACCGCAAGAGCCACAUCCGGGACGGCGCCUUCUGCUGCGCCAUCUGUGGCCAGACCUUUGACGACGAGGAGAAGCUCCUGGCCCAUCAGAAGAAGCAUGAUGUCUGAAGGGGCAGGGGCGGCGGGGGCCGAGGGAGGUCGGGCCUGGGCAUCAUUCAUACUGUGCCCUGUGCCACUGCUUGUAGGCAGGGGGGGGAGAGGAGUGAGCCUGCCCCGUUAGAGAGGGGGGUCCUCUACCCCUGCAGUCAGGGAGUCCACUUGCAGAGCAGGGACCCCGGCCUCCAGCUGGUGUUUGCUAAGGUUCAGUCCUGACUGCCCUGCGCCCUGGAAAAGUAGCAAUAGCAGCUCCACCCACCCCUUAGAGCCCUCCGGCCGGAGGGGCCACCAGUGGACAGGAAGACCUCUCUCCUCUGGUGUUAACGCCUUAAUGUCUCUGUCUGUUAUGAGUUCCUUCAGCUCGUUUUUUGGAAGUAGGUGUGGUUCAGUCCUUAGUGAAUGAGCGCCCAGGAGGAAAAGUGGACCAGAUGGAUAUACCUGGGAGAACCUGCCGGCCUCGGGCGGCACCUGGGCCUUCCAGUACUGGGAGGCGAAGCCGAGCUGCUCCAGCCUGCCUCACUACAUCCCCUCCGUCCUGCCCCUGCACAGGCACCCAGGUUUGGAGAGACCCAUCUACUGUUAGUGCUUGGCUCGCCUUCCUCCCAGAGGAUCCAGUCCCCUGCCCUGGGCAUCUCCCCACCUGUCUGACUUGCUUUACCCACCAGCCUCCCAGUGCUUAGGGCAUCCCCUGGCUGUCAGCCACCCUGCGUCAGGGCUUUUGUCUGAACACCGCAGCCUGCCUUCACUCCCUUCAGAACUCGGCAUGUAGUGGGGAGGACUGCCCCGUUGAUAACGGAGGGCCAGCUGAUGGGAAAUGGGGGUGAGUUUCCCCUUCAGCAUUUCUAGCGUCUGGAUGCCCAGCUUCUGCUUGAAUACUUAGGUGACAGGGAGUUUCCCCCCCACCCCCCCAGGCCCUGGUUCUACUGUAGGAUAAUUCUGAUUGUUAGAAAUUCUUCCUUAUAAUGAAUGAAGUCUGCUUCCCUGUAAUUUCUACUGUUGGGCCUUGUUCUCUGGAACUAAACACAACCACUUAUCCUCCUUUUCAAACUAGAGAAUAAAGAUCUGGUUUUAGAA